AUGGCUAAGAAGACUAGUGAACCGGACCUCUGGUCGCCGCUGCUCGUUUGGCCGGAACCCGUUGAGAGACUGUGCAUGGACGAUAUGUUGUCCAAAUACUGCGGCGAGUUCGGGAGGUGGCAGCUGAAGCACUUUGUGCUGACGAGCAUGGCUUGGGCGCUCGAGGUCUUUCACACCAUGGUCGUGAUAUUUACUGACCGCGCAGGAGUACUCGGCCGCCUUUCCGAUUCGAGACUCGGAAGAAAAGGCGCCCUCUCGAUCGUUUGCAUCCUCAACGCCUUCUUCGGCUGCCUGACCGCCCUCUCUCCCCCAACUACACCGUCUAUGCCUUCCUCCGCUUCCUCGGCAUCAGCCUCUGUGCCUUCGUCCUCACCACCGAGCCCGUGGGCCCCACCAAGCGCGGCCUCACCGGCAUGUCCACCUUCUACUUCUUCUCCAGUGGCAUCGCCCUCUCUGGCAUCGCCUACUUCAUCAUGUCUUGGCGGGCGCUCUACUUCGCGGCCUCCCUCGUCUCCGAGUCUCCCCGCUGGUGCCUCGUUAGGGGCGAAACCGUUCGAGCGACGAACAUCAUCCGCAGCAUCGCUGAGAAAAAACCUCCCCGAAAACGUGACCCUCUCCCUCGACGACGAGUUCACAUAUGUCACUUCCAAAGAGGAAGCCGUGGUGAUGACGGGUUCCUUGAUCGACGUGCUCCAUUCUCCCGUGAUGCGCAUCCGCCUUUUAUUGACCGCGGGCAUCAACUUCUUCUGCUCGGUCGUGUACUACGGAUUGAGCCUAAGCAUGGCGAACCUCGGGACGAACCUAAACCUCAACGUGUUUCUCAACGCGGUGGCUGAGAUGGCAGCAUUUCUGCUGACGGCGAUCUUGUUGGAUAGGUUCGGGAGGAGGCUGUUGAGCACCGAGACCCAAUGGUUCAGUGGGGCAUUCUGCGUGAUCGGGGAUGCCGGCAACGUACAAUUUGUUGUUUUUUGCACGGUCGAGCUUUUCUCAAUGACGGUGAGGAAUGUGGCAUUGGGUUUGGCAACUCAAGCGUCCCAAUUGGGUGCCAUUGUGGCCCCGUUUAUCGUGGUGUUCGGGGAGAGGGUCCCGUUGGUCGUAUUUGGGGCAUGUGGGGUUGCAGGCGGUGCUCUGGCGUUGAUGCUGCCGGAGACUCUAAACCGGCCAUUAUACGAAACGAUGGACGGGAUGGAAGAGGGGAAAGUUGCGCUCGCGUGA